GUAGUGACGUCACUCGCAGAGGCGGGAUAUAGACUGGCAGAGGAAAGCCGCCACUCGCCAGAGACACCCGAGCUUCUCAGGGACGACAGAGCUAAGAGCUGGGGGAAUGAGCGCCGCCACAAUCCGCUUCCAUCCUCCUCCACCAAGGCACCCAGCCGCCUGACAACCACCGGGACAGAGUCUCCGCGCAAGCAGCUCCCCGACGAGGCCAAUAUUGGGCGAGAGUGACUGCCUGCAAUCAUGGAGUUAAGAGUGGGGAACAAGUAUCGGCUUGGGAGGAAGAUAGGAAGUGGUUCCUUUGGAGACAUAUACCUUGGUGCUAAUAUUGCCACAGGUGAAGAAGUAGCCAUCAAACUUGAGUGUGUGAAGACCAAACACCCGCAGUUGCACAUUGAGAGCAAGUUCUACAAGAUGAUGCAAGGAGGAGUGGGUAUUCCCUCGAUAAAGUGGUGCGGCGCAGAGGGAGACUACAACGUGAUGGUGAUGGAGCUCCUCGGCCCCAGUCUUGAGGAUCUUUUCAACUUUUGCUCGCGCAAGUUCAGCCUUAAGACGGUCCUGCUUCUGGCAGACCAAAUGAUAAGUCGUAUCGAAUACAUCCACUCCAAGAAUUUCAUUCACCGCGACGUGAAGCCCGACAACUUCUUGAUGGGGCUCGGCAAGAAGGGCAACCUGGUGUACAUCAUCGACUUUGGGCUGGCCAAAAAGUACCGAGACGCCCGCACACACCAGCACAUCCCCUACAGGGAGAACAAGAACCUGACCGGCACGGCACGAUACGCCUCCAUCAACACGCAUCUUGGGAUCGAACAGUCCAGACGCGACGACCUGGAGUCCCUUGGCUACGUCCUCAUGUACUUCAACCUGGGCUCCUUGCCCUGGCAGGGCCUCAAGGCUGCCACCAAGAGACAGAAGUAUGAACGCAUCAGUGAGAAGAAAAUGUCCACGUCGAUUGAAGUUCUUUGCAAAGGAUACCCUUCCGAGUUCUCCACGUACCUCAAUUUUUGCCGAUCGUUUCGAUUUGACGAUAAGCCCGAUUACUCCUACCUGCGACAGCUCUUCAGAAACCUCUUCCACCGGCAGGGCUUCUCUUACGAUUACGUCUUUGACUGGAAUAUGCUCAAAUUCGGGGCCACUCGGACAGCUGAAGACGGGGAACGAGAAAGGAGGACCGGAGAAGAGCGGGACGAUCGGAUCGGUGUGGCGCCCAGGGGCUCUGCGGCCCGAGGCCUGCCCCCGGGACCCAACCCUGGACCUGCCGGCAGAGUCCGAAAUGGACCAGAACAGGCGGUUUCUAACCCUGCCUCACGGGUGCAGCAGUCUGGUAACACGUCGCCUCGCGCCAUCUCUCGUGCGGAGAGGGAGAGGAAAGUGAGCAUGCGGCUCCACCGCGGGGCUCCGGCUAACGUCUCGUCCUCUGACCUCACCGCACGGCACGACCAGUCCAGGAUCUCUACGUCACAGGUCAGCGUGCCGUUGGAACACCUGGGGAAGUAGACCACGGCCAGACUAGAUGGAUGCCAACAGAACUUUUGACCACGCCCAGCAUCUGACCUUUUUACCGAACCCUUUUGUCAGUCCCUGGAUGGUCGUCACGGCAACGCAAGAAGAAAAUGAGUGACACUAGGACAUUAUUAUUAUUCUUCUUAUUAUUAUUAUUAACACCCUGUGGUUCUUUCCUCCUACCAAGCUGGUGUGGCAGAACAGAAAGGCAAAAGGAACUUGUUGUUUUAAAACUUAGUAGAAAUGGUUGGAAAAGUCGCCGUUAAAAUGAGGUUUUGUUUUUGUUUAUUUCCUGUGUGCUGCUUGCUGCCCCUUCACCCCUUUUGUGCUGUCAUGUCCACGUCUUUAUUUAUGUGCGUCUUCAGGCCAGGAGUCCCAGUCCCGAGGCCAGGCCUCUGUUUUCUGCGUUGACAUUGUAAAUAUUUUUUUACCUUUUAAUGUAAAGCCAACAUGUGUUUUGUGUUUUUAAGAGGUCAAGUAGAAACAAACACAAACUAAUGACUUAAAUUGGGGAAGGCUUCUGAAAUUUAGAUAUUUUAAGUACUAUAUUUUGGAGGUGGGUUGUUGCUCUGCCAGCUGGGUCAUGAGAAUGUAUGUAUGUAUGUGUGUAUGUAUGUGUGUGUGUGUGUGUGUGUGUGUGUGUGUGUGUGUGUGUGUGUGUGUGUGUGUGUGUGUGUGUGUGUGUGUGUGUGUGUGUGUGUGUGUGCGUGCUGAGAGAAUGAGUCUUCUAUAUGUAUAUAGGUUAACUACUUUGGAAAGACUGUGUGUGUAUGUAUAUAUGUAGGUGUGUGUGUGUGUAGUGGUGAGAGAAUGAGUCUGCUAUACAUGUGUGUAUGUAUAUAUGUAGGUGUGUGUGUGUGUGUAGUGGUGAGAGAAUGAGUCUGCUAUACAUGUGUGUAUGUAUAUAUGUAAGUGUGUGUGUGUGUAGUGGUGAGAGAAUGAGUCUGCUAUACAUGUGUGUAUGUAUAUAUGUAAGUGUGUGUGUGUGUAGUGGUGAGAGAAUGAGUCUGCUAUACAUGUGUGUAUGUAUAUAUGUAGGUGUGUGUGUGUGUAGUGGUGAGAGAAUGAGUCUGCUAUACAUGUGUGUAUGUAUAUAUGUAGGUGUGUGUGUGUGUAGUGGUGAGAGAAUGAGUCUGCUAUACAUGUGUGUAUGUAUAUAUGUAGGUGUGUGUGUGUAGUGGUGAGAGAAUGAGUCUGCUAUACAUGUGUGUAUGUAUAUAUGUAGGUGUGUGUGUGUAGUGGUGAGAGAAUGAGUCUGCUAUACAUGUGUGUAUGUAUAUAUGUAGGUGUGUGUGUGUGUAGUGGUGAGAGAAUGAGUCUGCUAUACAUGUGUGUAUGUAUAUAUGUAGGUGUGUGUGUGUGUAGUGGUGAGAGAAUGAGUCUGCUAUACAUGUGUGUAUGUAUAUAUGUAGGUGUGUGUGUGUAGUGGUGAGAGAAUGAGUCUGCUAUACAUGUGUGUAUGUAUAUAUGUAGGUGUGUGUGUGUAGUGCUGAGAGAAUGAGUCUGCUAUACAUGUGUGUAUGUAUGUAUGUGUGUAUGUGUGUGCUGAGAGAAUGAGUCUUCUAUAUAUAUAGGUUAACUACUUUGGCAAGACUGUGUGUGUAUGUAUAUAUGUAGGUGUGUGUAGUGGUGAGAGAAUGAGUCCUUUGUCUCUGACCUUCUAUAUUCCUUGUAGAAAUGUGUCCAUAUAUUCAUGUCACCCUUUGCUUUUGCACCUCCUGUGACGUUGACGCGGUCCCACUGACUCCAUGGCAGGGACGUGUAAAUACUGAGCGCCAUGACCCAGUGGCAUUGGAACUGUGUACAGUAGAAGUGCGGGGGGGGGGUUAAUUUUGCUUCAUGUUUUGUGUACUGAUAUCUUGUACAGUUCUUUUAACAUUGUAUUUACAACAGUAUUUGUGUAUAUUUUAUGAAGUAAUAAAAACAAAUCUCACAA